UGUGUAAUAGAGGCCUUAACUUUCCGACAAUACGUCGGACUGAUAAGACAUUUGUGAUCAAAAUGGCGAACUUUUUAGGAACAGCCGUGGUGUUUACCUGUUGUGCCCUGGUUGUUUUUGGCUCCUGUCCGUUGGAAUGGUCUGAGUUUCAAGGAGAGUGUCUGCAUUUCAGUAGAUCCGCCAGAGGUUGGGUUGACGCGGCAAAAGAAUGCAGAAAAAUGGGAGCCUACCUGUUCACAGAUGACAAUGAGGAUAAACAUAACUUUGUCACUCAAAUCCUGACUGUUCUACAUGAAUUUCGUGAGACCGCAUUUUGGGCCGGUGCCGAUGAUUACAUUUUCGAAGGCCAGUGGCGUUGGAUGGAAACCGGAACCGCUAUAGGGCCAUAUACAAAAUGGGCAGCUGGGUAUCCUUCUAAAAACGAAACUACAAACUGCCUCGUUAUGAAGUUUGUAGGUACCGACCUGUUUUGGAUGGACGAUAAUUGUACCCCAUACCAUCACGGCAAAGAAUAUGGCGGAAAUCAUUAUUACGUUUGUGAAAAACCAUCUGACUCUGGUGGAUCAAGUGUUAUUGGAUGAAGAACAUUCCUCUUUUGUUCAUUUAAACGAAAUAGAGAAACGAAUAAAAGAAAUUCGGUUUUUGA